AUGUCCCAGCGAUUCAACUCAGGCUACGGCCUCGGUGGCCCCGCGCCUUACGGCGGCUCCCAGGCUGCUGAUCCUCAGCAGGGUGAGGGCUUUCUUGAGCAGAUUCGUCCCUAUACUAGCAAGAUUGAGGAUGCGCUCGACACAAUCAGCGAGCCGAUCAAGCCCUACCUUCCUGCCAUCGGUCGUUUCCUAAUCGUCGUCACUUUCUUCGAAGAUGCCCUUCGCAUUGUCACCCAAUGGUCCGACCAGCUGCUUUACCUGAAGGACUAUCGUCAUAUUCCUUCCGGUAUCACUCAUCUCUUCCUGCUCGUCAACAUUAUUGCCAUGUUUUCUUGCUCUACUCUUGUCAUCAUCCGAAAGCAUUCCGACUAUGCCGUUGCCGGUCUUAUGGGUGUUGUUGUCACACAGGCUCUAGGCUAUGGUCUCAUUUUCGAUCUCAACUUCUUCCUCCGAAACCUUUCUGUCAUUGGCGGCCUUGUCAUGGUCCUGUCCGACUCUUGGGUUCGCAAGACGCAAGUCUUUGCAGGACUUCCCCAGAUCGAUGAGAAGGACCGCAAAAUGUACUUCCAGCUCGCUGGUCGCGUUCUGCUCAUCUUCCUCUUCAUCGGAUUUGUCUUCAGUGGAGAGUGGUCUCUCUGGCGUGUCAUUGUAUCCUCGCUCGGAGGAAUUUCCUGCGUCAUGGUCGUUGUUGGCUUCAAAGCCAAGUACAGUGCCACUCUUCUUGUUGUCAUCCUGAGCAUUUUCAACCUCUUGGUCAACAACUUUUGGACACUCCAUGAACACCACCCCCACAAGGACUUUGCCAAGUACGACUUUUUCCAGAUUCUAUCUAUCGUUGGUGGUCUCCUGCUUCUCGUCAACAGCGGCCCUGGCCAGUUCAGCAUCGACGAGAAGAAGAAGGUCUACUAA